CAAGAGAGAUCCAUCUGCCCUCCAGGAACAGCUAUGAAGUUCCUCUCCACAAGCGCCUUCCAUCCACUUGCCUUCAUGGGGCUGCUCCUGGUGACUGCUACUGCCUUCCCCGCCUCACAAGUCCUAAGAGAAGAUGCCACAGACAAUACUACCUCAAAUGGACCAACAUAUGCCUCUACACAAAAAGCUGAAGACCAGAUUUCAUACACCCUACUGAAAAUCAAGGAAUUGAGAGAUGAGGUGGGUAGGCUUGAUGGUAGGGAUACAGGGCAUUCUUCUUGCCCCUGUAUAUGGACAGAGGCUCCUGCAAAAGUCUCUGUGGGGUUUGGAGGCACCUUAAAUUUGAUGCCAAAAAGUAGACUAGAUUUUGUUCUACAUUUCUUCUCUGCUGUGGGUCUCAGGAGGUUUUUUCUUUUUCUGGAAAAUACAGAAUGGGGCUGGAAUCCGUAUUUUCUGGGUCUUUGCAGCUCUACAUCAGGUCAUUGCUUCUCAGAGCUUCCUUUAUCAAUACCAGAAAGGCCUAUGUGUGGCAAUGAGGAAAACUGUGUCGAAAAUGACAAGGCAAUGUCAGAAAACGAUAUGAACCUUCCAGAGGUUCCAGAUGGAUGCUCCCAAUCUGGAAAUAAUAGGGACUCCUGCCUGCUGAAAGUCACCUCUGGUCUUCUGGAGCUUCGGAUCUACCUAAAGCACAUACAGAAUACGUUUCAGAGUAGUGAGAAAAAUAAUAAAGCCGCAGAUGUGGCAAGUGGCAGCGACACUGUGCUCAAACUCCUGAUAAAAGAGAGCAUAUCUCCAUUGCAAAGGAUUUUCUUUAUGUUUAAACAAUCUUUUCCUUUCUUUUCUCUCCAGGUAAAUGAAACUGAAAUUGUCUUCCCUAGCCCAACUGCAAAUGCUAUCCUGGUGAACAGGCUACAGUCACAGAAUGAGUGGGAGAAGAACAUGACAAUUUACCUUGUCCUGGGCAGCCUUGAGGAAUUUCUGCAGUUCAGUAAGAGGGUUCUUCGGAAAGUGUAAUGCAGGGCAGCUAAGGUUAUGAGUAUAUGGGCAUUCCUUCCUAUGGUCAGGACAGAACCAUCCCUGACCACUGGGGAUCUACCUUAUGUUGUUCUCUACGAAGAACUGACA